CGGCUGCUCUUCUGUUGUUUCAGACCAUCCUCCACCCUCUCUGUGUUAAGUAUCCCCCGUCCACCGAGUACCGGCGACGCUUCCUAACCCAGCUCAUCAAACAGCAUGAAUCCACAGCUGCCGAGCCCCUGGAUGAGCUCUAUGAUGCUCUGGCAGGGAUCCUAAAUGAGGAAGAAUCUACUCGUUGCUACAAAAACUACUUACUGCCCACGGGGGAUGCUGUCACCCUCUCUGAGAGCGUGGCCCUGGUCUCUGGAGGAACCACGGGGCUGGUGACGUGGGAUGCUGCUCUGCACCUCGCCACCUGGGCCAUGGGGCACCCCGGGGUGCUCAGCGACAGGACAGUGCUGGAACUGGGCAGUGGGAUUGGCUUCACGGGAAUUGCCAUCUGCAAAACCUGCAGUCCCAAAACUUACAUAUUUAGUGACUGCCACCCCCGUGUCCUGCGGCAGCUGACAGAAAACAUCCUCCUGAACGGCCUGGAGGUGGGGCCUGGGACUCCUCCUCCUCCUCACAGCCCAGCCCCGCCCCAGGGCCGGCCGGCGGAGGCGGCGAAUCGCCCAAGCCCCAACGUACUGGUUGCUGAGCUGGACUGGGGCUCAGCCACCGAGAGCCAGCUGCUGGGCCUUCAUCCCGACGUCAUCAUCGCAGCAGAUGUGGUGUAUGAUCCAGAGAUAAUUUUGGCCCUUAUUGGCGUGCUACAGAAGCUCUCCACUUGCAGAGCAGCUGGGAAACCUCCCCAGGUCUACGUCGCUUCCACCGUCCGCAACCCCGACACACAUUCCCUCUUCCAGGCUGAGCUUGCUGAGGCUGGGAUUGGAUGGCAGAUGAUCCCAGCCCACAGCAACAGGAGUUUUCUUUAUGAUGUGCAGCCAAAUGUGACCAUCCUACAGCUAUUUCUAUAG